UUCCAAUCUCCAACCCAAUCAAGGGAAGGUUCUACAUACAUAUACACACAUUUAUAUAAUCAGAGCUAGUGUGUACGUUUUCACAUACACCUUAUCGGCAAAACCAGGAAACCAACCCAGUUAUUCUCUCUCUGUUCAUAGGUUGGUGAUCUAGGGGGAGGGGGUGAAGUGGGUCGGACCAGCCAUGGACUGGGAAUGGUUGGUGGAGUUCUUGAAGGGCAUGUUGAAGCCAAUUGCUGCUCUUGCAGUUGUGCUUAUGGCUGUGAUAUUGUCUUAUACGCAGAGGUUGGGGUUAGGGGGUGAAAUGGUUUACUCAAUCUUCAGAGCUUUUCUUCAGCUCUCUGUUAUUGGGUUUGUUCUUCAGUUCAUUUUCAACCAGAAGAACAGUGUCUGGAUCGUUCUUGCUUAUCUUUUCAUGGUUUGUGUUGCUGGUUACACAGCAGGCCAACGGGCGAAACAUGUCCCUCGUGGGAAGUAUGCGGCAGGAGCCUCUAUCCUGGCUGGAACUUCAGUGACAAUGUUCCUUUUAGUUGUGCUGAAUGUUUUCCCUUUCACUCCACGGUACAUCAUCCCUGUUGCUGGGAUGAUGGUUGGCAAUGCAAUGACGGUCACUGGGGUUACAAUGAAAAGACUCCGAGAUGAUAUCAAGACACAAAUGAGCCUGGUGGAGACAGCAUUGGCUCUUGGGGCUACUCCUCGCGAAGCAACGUUUCAGCAAGUGAAAAGGGCCCUUGUUAUUGCGCUUUCUCCAGUCUUGGACAAUGCCAAAACUGUUGGUCUCAUAUCACUUCCUGGUGCAAUGACUGGACUCAUAAUGGGAGGAGCUUCUCCUCUGGAGGCCAUUCAGUUGCAGAUUGUUGUGAUGAACAUGCUUGUUGGGGCUUCAACUGUUAGCAGUAUCAUGUCCACAUACCUCUGUUGGCCCGUUUUCUUCACCAAAGCUUACCAGUUAGAAACGAAGGUGUUUUCUUCCGAUUGA